AUGCUUGACCUUGAACAAAGUGUGGUGCUAAGGCAGUUUGGAGAAUACUUCUUUGAAUUCUGCAAAAAGUCUGGAUAUGAUCAUAUGUUGCGCACCCUUGGAGGAAAUCUGUUUGAGUUUAUGGAGAAUCUGGAUUCACUGCACAGCUAUCUCUCUCUUUCCUACAAGGAAAUGAAUGCACCAUCAUUCCGUGUAGAAAAAAACAAUGACGGCACCUUGCUGCUACACUACUACUCAGACCGACGAGGUCUUUGUCAUAUUGUCCCUGGUAUCAUUGGAGCUGUGGCCAAAGACUUCUUCAACAGCACAAUAAAGAUGGAAAUUGUGAACCAGAUAGAGGAAGUUGAGAGGAUGGGGAAAAAAGAGCAUGUUGUUUUCCUCAUCACACAGGGCCCAGUGUUCUUUGUAAAAGACUUUUCUGAAAGGUCCCUCCAGAAGAAGUCUCAAAAUCAAGUACAGCAAAACCACUGGGGCACAGUCAGAAGCUUGAUAUAUCCAGAAGAGGGUAAAGAUAGAAUAAAACUACAGGUUAGACAGGCAGGGGUGACUAUUCAGAGAAUUGUACCAGAGUUACAGACCAGGUGUGGCCAGCUGGAUAAAUAUUUCACCAUCCAGAAUCCACAGGUGACUUUCAACAUCUGCAGCAUCCUCAAGUUCAUUAAUAGCCAUUUUAUUUUGCGGACAAAAAGAGAUAUAAUGCCUGUGGCUUGGAAAGAGAGACCCAUGCUAGAACUGAGAGGACAAAUGAUAUGGAUGCCUCCGUUGCGUUGCAUGCUGUACCUAGCUUCACCAUUACUUCGCAGCUUGCAGGAGCUAGAGGAGCACUGCAUGCACCUCUCUGAUAUUGCUCCACAUGACGCUACACGUGAUCUGAUCCUGCUUAACCAGCAGCGUCUAGCAGAGAUGGAGCUCUCCAACCAGCUAGAACGGAAAAAGGAAGAGCUGCAUCAUCUCUCCAAACACCUUGAGGAAGAAAGGCAAAAGACAGAGAAUCUUCUCUAUGCCAUGCUGCCCAAACAUGUUGCCAAUCAGCUGAAAGAGGGCAAGAGAGUGGAGGCAGGUGAGUUUGAAGAGUGCACCAUCCUCUUCAGUGAUGUGGUGACCUUCACAAAUAUCUGCGCUGAGUGUGAACCCAUCCAGAUUGUUUCCAUGCUCAAUUCUAUGUACCUGAAGUUUGACCGUCUUACUUCUGUACACAAUGUUUACAAGGUUGAGACAAUUGGAGAUGCUUACAUGGUUGUUGGUGGUGUACCAAUCCCAAUGUCAAGUCACACUGAGCGUGUGGCCAACUUCGCCCUAGGCAUGAUCAUAGCUGCAAAAGAAGUCACCAACCCUGUGACUGAUGGCCCUAUUCAGAUUCGGGUGGGCUUGCACAGUGGGCCAGUCUUGGCAGGGGUGGUUGGUGAGAAGAUGCCUCGUUACUGUUUGUUUGGAGACACAGUUAACACGGCUUCCCGAAUGGAGAGUCAUGGCCUGCCUGACAAAAUCCACAUUAGUCCCAGUGUUUAUCAUGCUCUAAGAAAUAAAGGCUAUCAGAUGGAGGAGCGUGGAGAGAUAGAGGUGAAAGGUAAAGGAAGAAUGCAAACCUACCUCCUACAGAGGAACCUAAAAGUCACAGAUAGUGAGAUCAUGGGACUUUUGGUGCACAACGCUGACUCAGUCAGGAAGAUGACUUAUUCUGGCAGAGACUGUGCUUCACAGCUACCUCACUAUAGGCCAGCAUUAAAAGCUACCCAAAGACUGCAGAAAGAAGACAGUUGUCCAUUGGUUCCAAUGAAAUAUGGAGAUAGUCCAACAGAGAGCAAACCUCCCGCACAGUUUACUGAACCUCAGCAAAGCAGUAUAACAGGUAAACCACGAGAUUCUGAGAGUUAUGGGAGUCUUUACAGUGAGAAAAGCUCUUUGGACGUGCCCUCUGAGCUCACAAAGGAGAGCACACACAACAAGACUGACAAUAAGAAACCUUCAAUUGAUAAACGCAGCAGACAUGUUCACACGAGGUUCUGUUUGUUAUUCUGAUCUGUUUCUUGAGCCCAGAUCCACUGUGUUAUACUGUAACUUUAAAGUGUUUAAUAUAAUGGUAAUAUGAAAAAAAGGCUGUCUGAAACAAGCUAAUAGACAUACUAAAUUAUUUUUAGUAUUGUCUACACUGUUAAUGUUUCAGCUUUUUUAGCCUUAGACAUACAAGCUAAUAGACAUACUAAAUUAUUUUUAGUAUUGUCUACACUGUUAAUGUUUCAGCUUUUUUAGCCUUUAGAUGAGUGUCUUUGUUUUACCUUUUUGUAAAACAGGGAAGCAAAA